AUGAGAGAGAUCAGCGAGACGCUUGAGCUCCAAGUCCUGAAACAAGCAAUGGAAAUCAUUCGCCAAAGACGUGGCAAUGAAUGCCACAACGAUGUGGUCUGCGGAAAGCAUUCCGCAGUGAACUACCAAGCAAGCCAGGUCUACGGCCUGCACAUGCAAGGACCCAAGGAAAAGAUAAGAUGCAAAGCUCUUCACACAAAGUUCGGGCACCCUCGUCAGCGUCGAGUCUCGUCCCAAGGUGGCCUUUACUCGAUGAGGGGAAAGGAUGGGUCGGGAGACAAGCCAAAACCGAAGCCACAACCUAUUGACCCAGGCCAAGGCCGAUAG